CCUGUCCUGGUCUACAUCCAUGGUGGAUACUGGCAGUGCCUGAGUAAAGACGAGUCAGGGUUUGCAGCCCCCCCACUGGUGUCACAGGGUGUGGGGCUGGUGGCUGUGGGCUACGACAUUGCGCCCAAAGGCCACAUGGACUCCAUCGUGCUGCAGGUGCGCCGCAGCAUCGCCUUCCUGGUGGAGCGCUACCCUGGGAUCAGAGGCAUUUACCUGUGUGGACACUCGGCGGGGGCUCACUUGGCAGCCAUGGUGUUGUCCACAGACUGGACGGAAUAUGGGGUGGUGCCGGAUAUCAAAGGAGCUGUGCUGGUGAGUGGCGUCUACGACCUUGAGCCCAUCCUGCACACCUAUGUGAACGAUGCACUGAACAUGAGCCGGGAGGUGGCCCAGCGGAACAGCCCGAUGCUGCACAUCACCCCGGAGGCGCCUGCAGCCGCAGCCUGCUGCGAGGUCCUGUUGGCCGUGGCCCAGCACGACUCCCCGGAGUUCCGCCGGCAGUCGCAGGAAUACGUCCUGGCCCUGCGUGCAGCUGGCUGGUCCGUGUCCAUGCUGGAUCUUGCCGGUAUGGAUCACUUUGACAUUGUUGAGAAGUUGUCUGAGGACAGCUACAUCCUCACUCAGGUGAUUCUGAACAUGAUUUUGAGAGCCUGA